AUGAAGUUGUUUGAAUACUUUCACAGCAGUGGCUAUUGUGCAGAGAGAUUGAUAAAUGGUUUAUUGACUAAAGAGCUGACUAUUGGUACAACUUUGCUGGCAUCUUUGCCAACUUACAUGUUUGACGGGAUGAUACAAAACUCUCCGAUUUUGCCAAUUGUAGUUCGCACUGGAAGACUUCGUAAGUCAGCUGGUAGUUCCAUUGAAGAAGAAGUUAAAGAUGUCUGCAGUGAAGAAACAUUAUGGCUUGAAAGAGACUUAGAAGAAUUUCAGUUCCCAGGAACUUCUCACGAAACUCAAAAAAAACAUGUACGAUCAAAAACAUUAUCUCCAGAUAUUGAACGAAGACCUGGUAUUCGUUAUCCCAUUGAUGUUUGGUUCCUUAUUGGUCAGUUUGUUAAACCUGAAGCUGUAAAAGUAUUUGCUUCAAUAUGUAAAGAUUCUUAUUUUGUUAGCAGAACAUACUCAUUUUGGAUAAAUAUGUAUAAAAGACAUUAUCAAGCCGGAGCUCAUCUUCCUCAAAGAUUGCAACCUGAAUGUAUUCAAGCUUCUUUCUGCUUAAAAAUGUCUGUUGUUCGAGCUCUUUAUUACAUGUAUCCCCAUUUUACUAAUCAACUUUCAACUCGUAUGCAAUCAAUGGAUGUGCAUUCCUUGUCAAAUCUUUGCUGUACAUCAAUGUGGCGGGUGCAACAAAAUGGAAAGUGGUUGUUUCACUUUAAAUUUCAAACACCUGUAUCUGCAUCUUGCUGUCCUGUGUCCUUUGGAGUUGUCAUACAGGAUUUAUGGACAGGCAAAGACAGCUAUGAUGGGAAGAGUCAAGAAGCCUAUGUAAAUCAUAAUCCUGAUGAAGGGAGUAAAAUUUUACGUGUUUCUUGUUCUCAUUUUGUAGCUGUUCCACCAUUUGUAAUGGGAAGCCGCCUGUCGGAUGUUCGCAUUAAUUUGACUCAGGACAUGCGUCGCCAGAAAUUGCAAUUAACAUUUUGCUAUGCAAACUAUAGCCAAAAAAAUAAAAGCACAAAUUCAAAAACUGGGGCAUAUGGUGAUGUUGUGGAGUUUGAUCCUGUAGAAAGCAUCGUGAUUCUAAAUUGGUGGCAUCCUCAAUUUCCUACUAGUUUCAAAGUUUAACAUUUCUUUUCUUCAUAUUUCUGCUAAGUUCUGUAUGAAAAUAAUUUGUAAAUUCUGUACUUAUUUUAAAAAUUUCUCAUUUACAAAGGCCAGUAAGAGAAUGUUACUCGCAAACAAUUUUGUGUUUAACGAAAUAUUGCAAUAAAUGUCUGCAACUUUGUGUUUGA